GGGAGCGCUCGCGCGCACAGCCCGGGGCCGCGCAGCCGCAGUGAGCAUCAGUAACGGCUGGAGCGGGAUCGGUGUCUCUCUCAGUGACAAAUCACGUCAAAUAAUCGAUUCCAUUCAUCUGUGCCAAUGGAUUUUGAAGCUCAUUAUGAACACUUGUGUGCUCUGCAUGACCUUGUUCCACUAAAAGCUGUGAAGGCAAAUUUAAAUCAAGGUGUUUUGGACAUUAAUGGUGACUGGAUCAAGCUAUCUGAGUGGGCACCGAUAUUCAGCUCUAUCAGUAUCAGUAAGAAUUUAACUUUCCUUGCUGUUAGAAGUUACUACCAACCUGGCCUUGGGGAAACAGGGAGUGAAAGAUGUAAACAGAACAUCAGAAAGCACAUACCAGCCAUCAGGUCAAAAGACUUUACAAUUCAGUUGUGCAAAUCAGUUAGAGAUUCUCUGAGUGUUUCCAGUGCUCUGAAAACUUUGGAGUUAGAAGGAUUACCUUUGAGACACGGAGAUCUUCUGACAUUAACAAAGGGUCUAUCCAGGACAAAAACACUACAGAACCUUUCAUUAGCUCAUUGUCCAAUUGGAGAUGAAGGACUGGAAAUCAUUUGCCAGAAUGUGAAGAAUUCAGCAACCAUCAAAAUAGUCAACUUCACAGGCUGUAACUUAACAUGGCGUGGAGCAGAGCAUAUGACAGGCAUUAUUAAGUAUCAAGCAACAAAAAGGCACAGUCAAGUCUGGGCAGAGAGUCUUCGUUAUAGGCAUCCUGACCUAGAUUGUAUGACUGGUUUGCGGCGCAUUACUAUGAAUUGUAACACACUAAUUGGUGAUGCUGGAGCUAUUGCCUUUGCAGAUGCCCUCAAAGAUGACCUUUGGCUUAAAGCCCUGGAUUUGCAGCAAUGUGGAAUUUCUAAUAAAGGAGCCAAAGCUUUGCUUGAUAUCUUGCAGACCAGUAGUUCUCUAAUUGUGUUGGAUGUUAGAAAAAACCCAUUAAUCGACCGAUCUUUAACAAAAUCCAUUAUUGAAAAGAUAUUGCUGAAUGGAAUUGGAGUCACUUCUGAGUACACAUGGCUAACACUAACGUCUACUAGAGACCCUCCUAAACAAAAACAAAGAAGAAAAACUGUGAAGUUGAGACAUGGUUUGAAAGGAAAAGCUACUAUUCGUAUAGGUACAAAGACAUUUACAGAGAAUGGCAAGAAAACAGCUCCUAGUUCUUCAGAUUUUAACCCAGAACCACUGCCACCAGGUUCAGAGGGGUAUGUACCGUGGCGUACUGCUGCACGUGCUAACCGAUUCAGGAAUUUUCACCUAGACUCGUCACACCAAAAUAGGGAUGUACAGGCAAGUAAUCCAGUGAAGAUCACAUUGGAGAGUGGAUCAUCUUCAGAAACUGAAGCGGUGAUCUGUACUUCUAAAGCAGAAAUGCAGAUGAAUGAUAUGGAAAAUUCAUACGAGACGUACAAAACCAAGCAGUAUAAACAAUUAAAGGUGGAACUAAAAGAGUGUCGACUAAGACUGGAAGAAGAAAUUAGAGCACGGACAAAGGCUGAUGCUCGUUUGAUGGAGCUUGAAGUUGAGAAUGCCCAGCUUCGAAAAAUCAAUCUUUCUCUGUCUGAUGCUCUGCAAGCGCAAUCUACCACAAGUACGAUCCUUGAGGAUGAAGGAGUACUAGAAAGCAUUGAAGCCUCUUUCAAGAAAUUUCAUGCUUUUUUAGAUCUCUUAAAAGAUGCUGGUCUGGGGAAAUUGGCCAGCAUGGCUGGAAUAGACCAAUCAGACUUUGGUCCUGUUGGACAACCUCAGUUAUCAUCCACAGUUGGAAAUGGUCAGAAAGAACAAGAUGAAUCAACCAAAGAGAAAAUACUUCAGGAAACACCACAUGUUAUACAGUUGUUUGCUGGAGAUCAAGCCUCUCACAAUCAGUCUGAUACUGCACGAAUUCUUAAUGCUUCCACAAAUAUUGCUGUUCAACUUGAAAAUCAAUCAUUUGAAUCCAAGUCCAAAAACUCAAAAUGUAGCCACCAAAACUCAGAGAACAAACUUCCGAAAUCUGAAGAAGCAGUUGGUUCUAAUGAACAUCGAACUAGCAAGCAAUAUUCAUCCAGGAGGAAUGGCCAACCCCAAGAAUGUGUGGUGGUUCAGGGUCCAGAGAAAUUGCUAAGCCUUUCGGUGGCUGAACAGCCCAUUGCUUCAGACACAUCCAACAGAGCAGCAGACAAGUCAUAAAAGUGAAAGAAUAACAAAGGCAUCUUUUAACAAAGAGAAUUUUAAAAAAAAACAAGUUAAUUGUCUUGUUGCUGUUGAUAACGAUGCUUCUUUGUUCAAGGUAGAAGGGAAUAAAAAUGCACAAAAGGCUGCUGAUGAAUAUUUUAUGAAAUCUAAAACAGGAUCAAACAUCCUGAAAUAUUCAUUCAAUUGAUACAUUGUAUAAUGAUUCACAUGAAAUUUUUA